AGUGCUGCCUGGCUGCUGCAAAUCAGACAGAAAACAGAACGGAGCGCAGCGUAGCGAGCCGGGGAGGGGCUCCUUUAAGGAAUACGCUGCCACCGCCGGCAUUCCAGAAAUUCGCGUUCUGUUCGUCCCGCAGAAUCUGGGGGUCCGGAUUCCGAGAACGCCCCCCUCUAUAAACUGGAUUGCACUGAUUUUUUUUAAAUUAAUUUAUUUAUUUUUAUAUUUUUUUUUUGCAACGAAAGAGGAGCACUGAUUUUGCACCACGGGAUUAAAGCAAGAACAACAACAAGAACAAAAUCAAAAUAUCCAUUUCCCCCUUUACCGAUCUUGUCCCUUUUCCUUAAUUUUUUUUUUUUUUGUCUGCUCUUCCUGAUCCGCUGGCUUCGAAAUAUCAAAGAUGCCUAGUUCGCUUUUUGCCGACAUGGAAAGAAACGGCAGCAACGGGGAAACCCUCGACGACCAAAGAGCCUUGCAGAUAGCUCUGGAUCAGCUUUCUUUGCUAGGUUUGGACAAUGAUGACAAUUCCAUCUACGAUAACGAGCCUCGGAAAAAGAGCGUGAAUAUGACCGAGUGCGUACCUGUGCCGAGCUCCGAGCACGUCGCAGAGAUCGUCGGGAGGCAAGGCUGUAAAAUCAAAGCCCUGCGAGCGAAGACCAACACCUAUAUCAAGACGCCAGUGCGUGGGGAGGAGCCAGUCUUUGUUGUGACUGGCAGAAGAGAAGAUGUAGCAAUGGCUCGCAGGGAGAUCAUCUCGGCGGCGGAGCACUUCUCCAUGAUCCGAGCCUCGAGGAACAAGAACACCAGCUUGAACGGCAGCGGAACGGCCCCCGGUCCCCCCAACCUCCCUGGGCAGACCACGAUCCAGGUGCGGGUCCCUUACAGGGUCGUGGGGCUGGUGGUGGGACCGAAAGGGGCGACCAUCAAGCGCAUCCAGCAGCAGACGCACACCUACAUCGUCACGCCGAGCAGGGAUAAGGAACCGGUGUUCGAGGUGACGGGCAUGCCCGAGAAUGUGGAUCGGGCCAGGGAGGAGAUCGAAGCCCACAUUGCCAUGCGCACCGGCGGUUUGAUCGAGCUCACCGACGAGAAUGACUUCCACGCCAAUGGCACCGAUGUGGGCUUCGACCAUCACGGUCCCGGAAGCCUUUGGAGCAAGCCCACACCCAGCAUGACCCCCACGUCCGGACGGAAGCCUUUUUCCAACUACCGCAAUGACAGCUCCAGCUCUCUGGGCAGUGCCUCAACAGACUCUUACUUUGGGAACAACAGCAGCUCGAGGCUGGCCGACUACAGCCCACCCAGCCCGGCCUUGAGCUACACGACGGCAAAUAAUGGAAACAACAACAACAAUAACGUCAACAGCAAUGGCAAUGGAUUUAUCUAUGGCAGUGAUGUGAUUUCCCCUGAUUGCACUGACUUGGCUUUUGACUCGCCGCCCGGAUUUGACCCUGCACCUGCUCCUCCCGUGUCCACACUGGUCUGGUCCCAGUACGAGCGCAACCUGGUUCCUUCCUCCACCAUUUUCCCGGCCAGUGCUUCCACAAACGCCAAUGGGAUGGUUGCUAACCAGCGUCGGGCCAACGGGGUCGGGUGCGGCACUCAGCCCAGGCUGUCACCACCGCUGCACCACGUCGGCGGGGUAGCCGAGCACCCGCUCGCCCGCCGGGUCCGCAGCGACCCCGGGGGCGGCGGCCUGGGUUUCCCCACCUAUGCCGGCAACGGCCUUUCCAAUAGCAUCGUGUCCCUCUCUGGAUCUCACUUAUCCGGGGUGCCCUCCGAUUCUUCGGCCUCCUCGUCCUCCUCCUCCUCUUCUUCCAGCUCUUCCUCUAGUUCCUCUUCCUCAUCGGGCACGGGGAGGAAGGGUAGCCGGGAUUGCUCGGUGUGCUUUGAGAGUGAAGUGAUUGCCGCCCUGGUGCCGUGCGGCCACAACUUGUUCUGCAUGGAGUGUGCAAACCGCAUCUGUGAGAAAAACGAGCCCAAAUGCCCCGUCUGCCAUGCUGCAGUUACUCAGGCUAUACGUAUAUUUUCGUAAUGGAACCAAUUCUGAACUUUCUUGUACUGCAUUAUAAAACGAAAGAAAGAAAGAAAGGAAAACACAAAAUGUGUGUACAUAUAUGUAUAGAGAAAUGCAAAUAUGUAUAUACAUAACGUCACGCUGUUUAAAGCUGCAGUAUCCAAAAAAGGGACGUGGCAGGACCCUCGAGGGCCAUUGGUUAAUGUACUGUAGCUUGAAGAGAACAUUUCCGACAUCUAGUGCAUGUUAUAAGUAAAGGCAAAAAAAAUAAAAUAAGAGUACUAGCAAAAUCAACAUAUUUAUGAAGUUUAUCGAGGUACUUUAAGUCAUGUGAUGUAUAGGCUAUUUACAAACCUGGACCCCCACCCUUUGUUGUAGCAGAGAGAGAGAGGUGGGGGUCCGAGUGCAGCGCUAACAUUUGGGUGCUUCUGAGUGCUUUGUAUUUAAGAAGAAAAAAUUUAAAAAGAGGCAAAAAGUUCCUGUGGAAAUAUAUAAAUAUAUUAAGAUACUGCAGCUUUAGUUAAACGAAUGAACAACGAGCAUCGACAUAUCUAAGAAAAAAAAAAAAAGUAUAUAUAUAUAUAUUAAAAAAAUCACAAGUUUAAAGUUUUAAUGAUCAAUUGCAUUAAAUACAGAUUGAAGUAUUUUAUUCUUUUUUGACUUGAAAGAUUAUAUUUCGUAUUGCAAAGAUGUUUACAAGUAUUUUAAUUUAAGUUCAGUGAACUUUUUUGUAGCUGGGGUUAAAAAGAUAAAUCUUUUUUUAUUUUUUAGUAUGGCCUUAUGGCGAAGAACACUGUAUUAUUUUAAUAAUCACACAAAAUGUGGAUGGGAAAAAAAAAGAAAAUAAUAAUAAUAAUAAAUAAACCCCACAAAAUGUGUACUGCGUUAAACAGUAUUCUGUUGGGAUGGAGGUUUUGUAGGUUCAGCAAAAAGAGAAAACACGAAAUCUGCUUCACCCAGCAUAUUUUUUAUUCAGUGAUAUAAAGCCUAUUUUAUUCUAUAUUAUUAUAAAAAAAAAUGUAUAAAACUUAGUAAGUCGACCGGGAAAAAAAAAAAAAUUAAAAAGGAACAGUUUAUGCUUUCUAACAUUUGUAUAAAUUAGAUUCCAGUGGAAAUUUCCAAAAUUCUGUUACACCACUAUAGUUUUUAGUAUUUCUAUUUUAAUACAUUUGUUUACCACUUGUUUAUGUAUAUGUAGGUGAAGUUACUUGAGCGUAAAUGUACUUUAUUGAGCAAAGUUUAAAAAAAAAAAAUGACAAAGUAUAUUUUAUUUUAUAAUAAAGGGCCUUUAACCUCAUGGUCAAAAUACUAAUAUUAUAUUUGCUGAAACAAGAUUUGAAAUUGUAUCAAGAGUUUUAUUUUUCUGACAUUUUAAAGUUCUACAUAAUAAAGGUAAAAACUUAA